AUGUCUGCUCACUCUGCCACCCCUGCCUCGACUCCUUCGCUCGUCAACCGCCACCUCGCCUCGCUGCUUGUGGUCCUCAAGGCUCCGCCGACCGCCGACGCCACGCUCGAUGUGGUCGAAGAGUGGGCUCAAGACUUGUCGCCACUCGUCCUUUCCUAUCGCAAGGCCCUGGGCGCCAUCCGCGACGAGGAGACGGAGUUGCGCGUCGCCGCCGCCGUCAAACAACUCGCCAAGCGGGCGUCGGAGUCGUGGGUUGAGUGGGCGC